GCUGAGCUCCAAUGGGAUGGCUGGGUGUUGGGAGGUGCGGAUGUCCGUGCUUUGCUUGGAUGGAACGAUGGCGGCUGCUACGGCAGGACAUCCCUUUCAUCACUUAAUUGAGCCAUUAUCUGCAGAUCAUCCUGGUAAAAAGUACUUUAACAUCCUUAAACUCGGUGACCCAAGAUAUGGUGGACUGCCAUACUCCAUCCGUGUAUUACUUGAGGCAGCUAUUCGAAAUUGUGAUGGACUUCAUGUGAAAAGAGAAGAUGCUUUAACUAUUCUUGAUUGGAAAAAUCAGCAAAACCAAACAGAUGUUCCCUUCUGGCCUGCCCGGGUUCUCCUUCAGGAUUUCACAGGGAUUCCUGCAGUGGUGGAUUUUGCUGCUAUGAGAGAAGCAGUGAAGAAACUUGGAGGAGACCCUGCCAAGGUUGGCCCAGUCUGUCCCACUGAUCUGAUUGUGGACCAUUCGCUGCAGAUUGAUUACAGCAAAAGUGCCAUACAAAAUGCCCCAAACCCUGGUGGAGGUGACGGUUCUGCAUCAGCGACUAAAACUUGCGGUGCCAAGUUGCAGUCGAAGGCAUCUCCGAGUCGAAGCUUCCGCGGCUGUUUCAGUUCAUGCCACAGAGAUGCAGGCUCGAUAUCCUCAGGAACGUGCAAUGCAGAAAUAGAGAGCACCCCCUUGCUCUGCCCUUUCCACCUGCAGCCUGUGGCUGAACCAGAAACAUUAUUAAGGGGGCAGGAAAUGGAAUUCAACAGAAAUAAGGAACGGCUACAGUUUCUUAAGUGGGCUUCCAGAGUCUUUCAGAAUGUUACUGUGGUACCGCCUGGGAGUGGAAUAGUUCACCAGGUUAACCUGGAAUACCUGUCCCGUGUGGUGUUUGACCUAGGAGGGGUUUUCUAUCCCGACAGUGUGGUGGGAACAGAUUCGCAUACAACAAUGGCGAAUGGUCUUGGCAUUCUGGGAUGGGGGGUUGGUGGGAUAGAAAGUGAAGCAGUUAUGUUGGGCCAGCCAGUUAUCCUGACCUUACCUGAGGUAGUUGGAUGUAAGCUGGUAGGAACCACCAACCCGUUAGCUACAUCCAUCGAUGUUGUUUUAAGUGUUACCAAGCAACUUCGACAGGUUGGAGUUUCUGGAAAGUUUGUGGAGUUUUUUGGUCCAGGAGUGUCCCAGCUGUCUGUGGCAGAUAGAACAACAAUAGCAAACAUGUGUCCUGAGUAUGGUGCUACUGUGAGCUUUUUCCCAGUUGAUGAUAUUACUUUAAGCCACCUAAAGCAGACGGGUUAUGAUGAAAAGAAACUUGAAGCUGUGAAAACUUACUUAGAAGCUGUGAAACUAUUUAGAGACUAUCAGAAUUCCUCAGAAGACCCAGAGUAUUCACAGGUUAUAGAAUUAAACCUGUCAGCUAUUGUCCCGUAUGUGAGCGGUCCAAAGCGGCCACAAGACAGAGUAGCAGUCACUGAUAUGAAAAAAGAUUUCCAAAACAGCUUGAAUGAAAAGAUUGGUUUUAAGGGUUUUCAGAUUCUUCCAGAAAAACAGAAAGAAAUUGUCGCCAUUGAAUUUGAAGGAAAAGAUUAUAAUCUUGCUCAUGGGUCUGUUGUCAUCGCUGCUGUAAUAAGCUGCACAAAUAAUUGUAAUCCAGCCGUCAUGCUUGGGGCAGGUUUGCUGGCCAAGAAAGCCGUUGAAGUGGGCUUGUCUGUAAAACCUUACAUUAAAACCAGCUUGUCUCCUGGAAGUGGGAUGGUGACAUAUUACUUGAAUGCCAGCGGUGUGCUCCCUUAUCUGCAUAGCCUUGGGUUUGAAGUCAUUGGUUAUGGGUGUGCAACCUGUGUUGGGAACACUGCCCCUUUACCCGACUCAGUGAUCACAGGGAUCAAACAGGGUGACUUAGUUGCAUGUGGAAUUUUAUCAGGAAAUAAAAAUUUUGAAGGUCGCCUCUGUGACUGUGUUCGUGCCAACUACCUCGCCUCUCCUCCUUUAGUGGUAGCGUAUGCCAUUGCUGGCACAGUUAAUAUAGACUUUGAAAAGGAGCCUUUAGGUGUGAAUUCUGAAGGGAGAGAAAUCUACCUGCGUGAUAUUUGGCCCAGCAGGGAAGAAAUCCAGCAGGUAGAGGAGCAGCAGGUGAUCCCGUCCAUGUUCAGAGAACUGAGAGACAAAUUAGAGAAAGGAAACAGUCGCUGGAAUGCCUUGGAAGCUCCAGAGUCACUUCUCUAUCCUUGGGAUUCAAAGUCAACCUAUAUCAGAUGUCCUUCAUUUUUUGAUAAACUUACCAAAGAGCCCAGCUGCCCUCAGUCCAUUGAAAAUGCUCAUGUCUUGCUACACCUGGGAGAUUCUGUUACCACUGACCAUAUCUCCCCAGCUGGCAGUAUAGCCCGUAACAGUGCUGCAGCUAGAUAUCUGACCUCCAGAGGCCUCACUCCCCGAGAGUUUAAUUCUUACGGAGCCCGAAGGGGUAACGAUGCUGUGAUGACCCGAGGGACCUUUGCCAAUAUUAGGCUCCUGAACAAAUUUAUUGGCAAAACUGCACCUAAAACAUUACACAUACCUUCUGGUCAAACACUUGAUGUGUUUGAUGCAGCAGAGCGAUACCAGAGGGAAGGAUUUUCAUUAAUCAUCUUAGCUGGGAAGAAAUAUGGCUUGGGUAGUUCGAGGGAUUGGGCUGCCAAAGGACCAUAUUUGCUGGGUGUGAAAGCCAUUCUAGCUGAGAGCUAUGAGAAAAUGCACAAGAAUCACUUGAUUGGAAUGGGUGUCAUUCCCCUUCAGUUUCUUCCAGAUGAAAAUGUAGAUAAACUAGGACUCACCGGAAAGGAGCGGUAUACGAUAAUAAUUCCUAAAGAUUUGUCUCCAGGAAUAACAGUGGAUAUAACGACAAGCACAGGAAAGGCAUUCAGUGCUGUGGCAAAGUUCGACAAUCAAAUGGAAGUCACUUUUUACAAGCAAGGUGGUAUUUUGAACUAUGUCGCUAGAAAGAUGUUAUAACAACUGUUCCAUCAUUUGACUUUAUCUGCACCAUGUUUUGGAUCCCGUCCAUGGAUAACGUUAUUGCAUCCAUCUCUACUGGAGCGUUGGAUUAACUGUUGACAUCCUUCAUGCCAGGUGUAUUGUAUAUUUCAGAAACUGUCUACUUGCACCUUGCGACUGGCUGUGAAUAGAUUUCUUGCCUUCAAGUAUAUUUGUUUCUUCAUCUUAAGUUUAUAAUCACUGUAUUAAUUUUUCAUACCUGUUUUGUAACUUAAUCUCCUGUACAUGAAGCGUGUGCCACAAAAUGGACCCUUUCAGUUCAGGCGCCAAUCCACUGACAUCAUUGUUCAUUUAAUUCACUAAUGCCUUCUUCCUGUAAAAGUUUUUUUUAUAUCAUGGGGUUAUUCUGGUUUUGUUUUUGCAAGCCCUUUAUGUCUGUAAACUCCCAGUUUUUUUUUCCAACCGUGCUUUUCCCUGAUUUGGCCUUGGCUCAGCCUUCUACUCUAAGUGGGUCUCCCAAAUGGAAAAGAGAAAACUGACAUGCCUAUUGAGAAUACCGUGAAGUGAAGCUUUUUGUGGGAAGGAAGCCACAAUGCUUGGACCUUGGACCAGAAGCAGUGUGGCUGAUGAUUUGAGAUUUUACAGGCAAGAACUACAUCACAGUGAAGCGUUCAAAUAUUUGGUAUUAUAUAAUAAGCAUCCAACACAAGUGUAUUUUAGUGACAAUACCGUACAAAAUGCUACUGAUGAAUUGUACAUUUUUAAUAGAUUGUAAGAAUAAACUUAUCAGAGC